AAUGUGAUCUAGCAGCAGAAUGACAGGAUGCAUGAUGACCUCAGGCUCUAACAGGCCUGAGAGGAACUCUGGCACAUCUGUCCAGAUGCAAAUGACUAAAGAGAGGAAAUCCAGAGGAUCCGUCCAACAUGUGGAGGUGAAGACGCCGUUUGACGCCAUGAUGUCACACGUCAAGAGGACGUUGUCUCUCGUGAGACGCUGCUCGGGUCCGGUUCGGUCCAGCUCCUCCUCCUCCUCCUCCAGCAGCGGCGGCGUGCUCGCGUCCUCUGACGGCGCCGGGCUGGUCCUGCGCUCCCGGUCCACCGACGUGUACCAGAACCUGGCCCUGGAGGACUGGAUCGACGCCAACGUGGACCUGACGCGGCGCGGCAUCCUGCUGCUGUGGAGGAACCGGCCGGCCGUGGUCAUCGGGCGCCACCAGAACCCCUGGACCGAGUGCAACCUGCCGGCCAUGAGGAGGGCGGGGGUGCCUCUGGCCCGCCGGCGGAGCGGCGGCGGCACCGUCUUCCACGACCUCGGGAAUCUCAACCUGACGUUCUUCACCUCCAAGAAGGCGUACGACCGCCAGAGGAACCUGAAGGUCAUCACGGACGCUCUGAGGCGGGUCAGACCGGAGCUGGACGUCCACGCCACCGACCGGCUGGACAUUCUGCUCAACGGACGCUUCAAGAUCUCAGGAAGUGCGUCCAGGCUGAGCAGGAAGUCGUCGUACCAUCACUGCACGCUGCUGCACUCCGCCGACCGCUCCGCCCUCGCCGCCGUGCUCCGCCCCUCCUGUCCCGGUAUCCAUAGCAACGCCACGCCUAGCGUCCCCUCGCCCGUCGCCAACCUGCUGGACCACGCCCCCUCGCUGCAGUGGGAGGAGCUACUGGACGCUCUGGUGCACCAGUACAACGCAGAGUUCGGCUACGGCGCCGCCUCGACGCUCGUCGACCCGGCUGAUGAGUCGGCGUUCCCUGGCGUGGGCAAGGCGGCGGCGGAGCUGCGCGGCUGGGACUGGACGUUCGGUAAGACGCCUAAAUUCAGCGUGCGGACCGUGCUGGAGCUGACGGACGAGCGCUCCGCUCCGCUGCAGGCGGAGGUGAAGAACGGCGUGAUCGAGAGCUGCCGGCUGGACGUCCCCGUGGACUGGCUGCCUCUGCGGCUGAGCGGCGAAGUGAGCGGCGUGCUGGUCGGAGAGAGGUUCUGUCCUCAUCGAGCGGCCGCGGCCUUUUCCGCUCUGCUGCGGACGGAGAGCGGCGAGCUGAGGGACAGACUACGCCGCCUGUGUGACGCCGUGGUGGCGGCGAUGGGCUGAAAUAAACCUGAUGGACUCAAACAGCAGCUGUCACUGACCUCUGACCUCUGACCUCUGACCCAUCAACAGAGAUAAAGGGGUUAUUAAUACAGAUGUUUUAAUGUAUUCAUUGUUCAUUCAUUGUUGCCUUAAUUACAACUAUUAUCAGAUCGUUUGUUCUUUGCAUUUCUGCUGUGAUUAAUAAAAUAAAUAAAUAAAUAAA